CGGCCCUCCUUCGCCGCCCAGCUUGGUGGGCUGGCUUGUUACACUCCCACUGCCGGAAGGUUUGUUUGUAUAGCUAGCUGUGGAGAAUUAAUAAAGCGCACUGUUUAUUUUCUAGCACUUUUUAAAUUUGCAUAAACAGGAACGGAUGCUUUAGUGGUGAGGAAGCAAGAAAGGCUGGCGCGUGUUUGCUCGGCAUGACGUGCCCCUUCACAAGGCAAUGUGGCCUGUUUUGACGACCAUGAAGGAGGGGGAUGUUGCCACCAAGCUUGCUAAUUUCAAACCAUGAGUGCAACUGCCGGAGAUAUCCCUGAGAUUGCUGGAAGUGCAAAAUAACAGUCUCUAUGUCUUAUGAAGGAGCAACGCGACGAAAACGCUGAAAAUGUCCAAAAUGAGCCGCACGGCAAGAUGUACCUAAAGAAAACUAAAAGUGCGGGUGCCUCCUCUCCUUUGAAUGGCAUCGGAAAACAUGACUGGGACUCGAAGAAGAAGAGGAAGAUGUCCGAGAUUCAUCAGGCCCUGAACGGAACCCCGCCAGAUGUGGCGGCUCUACGGAGGAUGGCCAUCAGCGAGGGGGGACUGCUGACCGACGAGAUCCGCUGUAGAGUGUGGCCCAGGCUGCUAAAUGUACAGACGGAAAACUUGCCUGAGAAACCAGCAGGGGAAGAGCUGCGAGAGAACAACAAAGACUACAAUCAGGUGUUGCUGGAUGUCAGACGUUCCCUAAGAAGGUUCCCUCCUGGCAUGCCAGAUGAGCAGCGCGAGGGCCUGCAGGAGGAGCUCAUCGACAUCAUCCUCCUGGUGCUCCAGCGUAACCCUCAGCUGCACUACUACCAGGGUUACCAUGACAUCGUGGUCACCUUCCUGCUGGUCCUGGGGGAGCCUCUGGCCACCGUGCUGGUGGAAAAGCUCUCUACCCACCAUCUCCGGGAUUUCAUGGACCCCACAAUGGACAACACUAAACACAUUUUAAACUAUCUCAUGCCAAUCAUCGAGCGGGUCAACCCAGAGGUGCACGAUUUCAUGCAGCAGGCAGAAGUUGGCACCAUCUUCGCCCUCAGCUGGCUCAUCACAUGGUUCGGCCAUGUGCUGGCAGACUUCCGUCACGUGGUGCGGUUGUAUGACUUCUUUCUGGCGUGCCACCCUCUGAUGCCCAUCUAUUUCGCAGCCGUGAUCGUGCUGCACCGGGCGGAGGAGGUGCUGGAGUGCGAGUGCGACAUGGCCUCUGUGCACCACCUGCUCUCCCAGAUCCCACAGGACCUCCCCUACGAGCCACUCAUCAGCCGUGCCGGGGAUCUCUUCGUGCAGUUCCCUCCGUCCGAGCUUGCCAGGGAGGCAGCGCAGCAGCACAGCCAGCAGACGGCGGCCUCCACAUUCAAGGACUUUGAGUUGGCGUCGGCGCAGCAGCGGCCCGACACGGUGCUGCGGCGGCGGCGGAGGGAGCAGGCCGUGCUGGCAGGGCCUCCCGGCGCGGCGGCGGUGGCGGUCGCGCGCCCCCGGGCCAAACGCUUUGUCCGGCUGGCCGUCAUGGGCCUGACAGUAGCCCUGGGGGCGGCGGCCCUGGCUGUGGUCAACACAGCACUGGAGUGGGCCCCCCGACUGGACCUGCAGCUCUUCCCCUGAUCAGACUGCCGCAGAACACCUGGGACUUUCUCCAAUGCUUCAGAAGGCAGGGGAGAGGAAUACUUCUGUGGACCUUCAUUAAUACAUGUGUAUAUAUAAAUAAGUGUAUUGCCCACAGAGAUUAAACUAUGCAGAAGGACAGGAGGCAUGCUUACUGCCCCCAUUACAGAGCGCUUUGUAAAAACCGGUUGCAUGCUUCAGGGAUCAUUCCCCGUCUUGUUGGUGACAGAUUAGCCUCCAGUUAGGCUUUCGACUGGGCAGUCAGCACCAUUAUCUAAUCAUCAAUCCUGCUGUCUAACCCUCAGCCUGAAGUGCAGUUCAGCAGCAGCUCGUCAGAAAACUAAAAUGGGCUUUUUCAGGAACCGUUUAGACCGGAAGUACCAUACUAAGCUCUGUCAUUGUAGCACUAGUCAAAAUGUUUUUAUUUUUGUAAGCAUUGUGUUCUGUAAGUUUGGAGUUUUUUUUCACCUGUUUGCUUUUUAGGUAACAUGGUUUAUUUUUUAGGAUGCUACCAAAUGUGAUUAGGUUGGUAUUUGCCUGAAGGGAAGGGUUGUGCCUUUGGUUCAUCCAAAAGGAGUGACCUGGUUUGAAGAAUACUCACAUCUUCACUCUUAAGUCUGUCUACAUUCAUCACAGGACCUAAAGCUAACAGGACUGUAAAACAGGGUUCCCACCUUCUGUUGCACAUAAAGGAAGCUUGUUUCAGCUUUAUUUCUGUGUUAUGUACAGAGUUAUUUCCAAAUAAUCACAGAUACGCUGGGGGAAGGGGGGGACCACUAGAUUUUGGUGUUGUAGCGAACACAACUGCUGUUGAAAGUACAAGUCAAGCUAAAUAAUGGUGAAAUGUGUUGUCAGUCUUUAGUCUGUCGUUAAUUGCAGGAAUAAAAAUAUUACUUGUAUAUUAAGAGUAUUACGGUAUAUUAUAUGGAAUUAAACUUCUAAUAGUUUGAAAACUAGAUGAGAAAUUUGAUCAUAUGGACCACAUUCAUUCAUUCAACGUGGCUCUUGGAGAAUAAUUUUCUCAGAACUCAGGUAAUCUAAUUCCAUCACCUCGUUACCUGUUGCUCUUCAGGUUGGUUGAAUUUGGCUGCAUGAAGCCAACCAGGGUGUGAUGGAGUUUAUACACUGGGAUAUGUGGCUUCUGGUAGGAUGCAUUUCCCUGGCUGUGCUGAUAUCUGCCCUAAACGUUGUCAUGGAAACUCCUACUGGCCGAUGAUGCCAUCUUGAAUAAACGAUACAGGAAAGUGGC